AUGGGAAUUAAAGACCUUUCCAAGGUGAUAGCUGACAAUGCACCAAAUGCUAUAAAACUUAACGAAAUGAAGAAUUAUUUUGGGAGAAAGGUUGCGAUUGACGCUUCUAUGUGUCUCUAUCAAUUCCUCAUUGCUGUUCGCCAGGAUGGUUCACAACUGCAAUCGGAAAGUGGGGAGACAACGAGUCAUCUAAUGGGAAUGUUCUAUCGCACGAUUCGUAUGAUUGACAAUGGCGUGAAGCCGUGUUAUGUCUUCGAUGGUAAACCGCCAGACAUGAAGAGUGGAGAGUUGGAGAAGAGAAGUGAGAAGCGUGCUGAAGCGGAAAAGGCUUUGACCGAAGCAAAGGAACGAGGUGAUACCGAAGCAGUUGACAAAUUUGAGCGACGCCUGGUUAAGGUUACCAAAGAACAAAAUGAAGACGUGAAGAAAUUGCUUCGCCUGAUGGGAGUGCCUAUUGUUGAGGCGCCUUGCGAAGCUGAAGCCCAAUGUGCUGCCCUUGUUAGGGCUAAGAAAGUCUAUGGAACUGCCACUGAAGAUAUGGAUGCAUUAACAUUCGGGUCGGAUGUUCUCCUGCGUCAUAUGACAUUCGCUGAGGCAAAGAAAAUGCCUAUUAAGGAGUUCUUGCUUCCUCGAAUCCUCUCAGACUUCGAUAUGACAAAAGAACAAUUUAUUGACCUAUGCAUCCUUCUCGGGUGUGAUUACUGCGAAUCAAUACGAGGGAUCGGACCUAAGAAGGCCUAUGAGCUCAUCAAAACUUACGGCGAUAUUGAGUCGAUUCUUGAGAAUAUCGAUUUGAAGGCUGGUUUUUUUUUCUCAAGACUAAGACGGCUUUUUUCCAGAAUAAUGACGAUUAUUUUCGAUUUUUCAAUCUAUACGAUCAUUAAUGCAAUAAUGUGCAAGCUACAAAUCUCUAUUCAGAAAUACCAACCUCCAGAGAAUUGGCCUUACAAACGUGCUAGAGAAUUAUUUCUGAAUCCGGAGGUGGCCGAGUGUGAAACUAUCAAUUUGGUUUGGAAAGAACCUGAUGUUGAUGGAAUAAUCAGUUUCAUGUGCGGAGAGAAAAAUUUCAAUUGGUUUGGAAAGAACCUGAUGUCGAUGGAAUAA